AUGCCUGCUCCACCACCUGUGCUUAUCCUUGGUACAUUACCUAUUGUUGAAAUAUGUGUUCCACUUUUACGUCAAUUUGGUUUUCAAGUUAUUCAUUUAUGGUCACCAAAACGUUUUACAUCUCUCACAACCAAACUAGUUCAAGAUCAAUUAAAACUUGACUCAUAUUCCUGUUCAACGUAUUCUUUCGAACAAAUUUUUGAUACAUCAUCACAACCUCUUCUCGUCUGGAUAUGUGUUGAACCUGAUCAACAUUUAUCAUUAAUAUCAAAAAUAAUUGAACAAAAACAUCAUUUCGUUUGUAUGUCACCAUUUACUCUGGACUCACGAGAACUAUCACAAAUAGUACAGAAAUCAAUGUUCAAUAAAACAGUUCUUAGUUGUCUCUGUUAUCCAUUGGCCUUCUUACCAACAUAUAUCAAAUUAAAACGAAUGUUACAAGAUGAGAAAGAAAAUAUUGGUGAUUUAUUAUUAGUUGAUUUACGUAUAAAAUGUUCGCCAUUAGUACCGACGUCGGAUUCUUCCUAUUGGUUAAACGACACAAUGUUAGGUGGUGUUCUGACUCGUUUCGGUUCUCUAUCAUUAGCUCUUAUAUGUUAUUUGUUUGGUUCCUCGCAUACAAUAUUAAGUGUUAACAAUGCACAAAUAAAAACAUAUCAACAAAAUAGUCGUAUAGAUGAUUAUUGUUCGUUUCAACUAAAUUAUUCGUCAAAUCUAACAGUAAAUAUUACAAUUAAUUCAAAUGCCCACUGUUCAUAUACACAAGAAUUAAUUAUUUAUUGUUCAAAAGCAUCUCUCAUUGUUCAAGAUUAUAAAUUAGCUAUUAAAAGAUGUGAUGUUAAUAUCGAAGAUCCACCUCGAACUAUAAUUGAUUCGUAUCAUAGUGAAACAGGUGAAAAAUAUUUAAAACAAGCUAAACUCUAUCCUGAAUUACCAAUGUAUUAUAUUCAAUCAUUAUAUUAUUUUUUUGCUUAUUAUAGCUGUACCGCUCAAUGUUAUCAACAGCAUAAAACUUCUGAUGUUUGUCAAGAAAUCCCUGUAUCACAAGACCUAACUGGAAAGCCAAACCCAUAUCAUUGUUAUGUGUUUCGUUCAGCGAUAGUUCUUAAUGAUGAUGAAACGGAUGAUUUAGUAUCACCAUCAACUCUUGAUAGACUCAAUCAUUCAAGUGAAUUAUUAGAUUUAUUGAAAAAUCGUCAUUUACGAUCAAUGAUUAAAAAUUUAGAUAAAUCUUCUAAUCCAUCACGAGAUAUUCAGCAGGCAAUGAUGGAACCAAUCUUCACACAAUUUGUUGAACAAUUAUUGACUAUAGUCGAAAAUAGACAAACAAAUUUACACUGA